GUACAAUAAAGAAUUAAUCAUUAAUCAAUCAAUUAUUUUACAGAAGUUCAGUGUGUGUUCAGUACUCCGUCGUGGCUCCGUGGUAUUUUAUUUUUCCGCCACAAAAUAAUUGAGGUUAUGUUGAUCACAGUGCGGUUUUUAGUACUACAACGACGCGCGGCAACACUCUGAAAUCUAGUACUCCGCAUAUGUUUUUCUCACUUUCGCGUGUGAUUCAUACUUUCGCGAGGUGCUUGUGAUAAAGACACUUGCCCAAAUUCCUGAAAAUUGGGCCUAAAUUCCUACAUAAACUAUGCCAAUAGACCUCUAAAGUAAUUGAUUACUAAAAGUAAACAACAUGGUAAACAUGCCUUAUAUAAUUUACGAAAUAUUGGACAUUUUUCACAAGGCGUCCUUCUUUGCGUUGUCUCUUCAAGCAGCUCUUGUGGUUUUGGUGAUUUGGUUGAUUCUGCAUAAAAACAAAAGCAACGAAAAAACGAAGAAUCUUUCUGCGGGAGAGAAAGCAGCAAUCUUAGCCAAUUGGACACCUGAACCUCUUGUGGGGGAUACGCCCCUGAACCAUCCGGCCCUCUCGCCCAGGUUAGUCACUAGCCGUGUGGGCAAGCGAAUCACUGUGGAAGGGCAAGAUUGCUUGAACCUAGGCACACACAAUUACUUGGGUCUCCUGGAAGAUCAGGACAUCCAGGAGGAUGCUAUUAGAAGUCUGAAGAAAUACGGUGUUGGAUCAUGCGGUCCAAGAGGCUUCUACGGCACCGUUGAUGUACAUUUGGAACUGGAGGAGAAGCUUGCAGAAUUCAUGAACAUGGAAGAAGCUGUGGUCUACAGCUAUGGAUUCUCCACAAUUGCAAGUGCCAUUCCGGCUUAUGCCAAACGCACAGACAUUUGCUUCGUGGAUGAAGAAGUCAAUUUUGCCAUCCAAAAAGGCCUUGAUGCCUCACGAUCGACUGUUAUCUACUUUCGGCACAAUGACAUGAAAGAUCUAGAAGAUAAACUGAUUGAGCAGAGUAUCAAGGACAAGAAGAAUCCAAAGAAAGCUGCUAGAACUCGUAAAUUUUUGAUUGCUGAGGGAAUUUAUAUGAAUACGGGAGAAAUGUGCCCACUUGCAGAACUAAUAAGAUUGCGCAAGGCGUACAAAGUGCGAUUUUUCCUGGAUGAGAGCAUCACCUUUGGGACAAUGGGUGCUACUGGAAGAGGUCUCACGGAACACUUAAAUGUCGAUAGAAAUGAGAUUGACUUGAUUUCUGCAUCUUUGGAGUGGGCUGUUGCAACAAUUGGGGGAUUUUGUGUGGGAUCAUCAUUUAUUGUUGAUCAUCAGAGGCUUUCGGGUUUGGGAUACUGCUUUUCAGCUUCAUGUCCACCCUUGCUGACGCAAGCUGCUCUCAGUGCUCUUGACAAAUUCAACAAACAUCCUGAAUUGUUUUCUGAGAUUCAAGAGGCUUCAAGAAAGGUUCAAAAAAAAUUGGAAAAUUUAUCGAAGCUAACACUCCGUGGAAAUCCCAUUUCCCCUGUGAAGCAUUUGUACCUCAAGGAGGCGAAAUCCACAAAAGCUGAAGUCACUGCAAUGAGUGAUAUUGUGGAAAAGUGCAUUUCUCGAGGAUUGUGCCUAGUUAAUUCACAAUAUUUGGGGCAUAUCGAGAAGAAGUGCCCCAGGCCGAGUAUCAGAAUCACUGUUAAUCGUUUACUAUCGGAUGAGGAUAUAGUAUUUGUCUAUGAGACACUGGAAAGUGUUUGUAAAGAGGUUCUCUGCUAGAGAUAAAAAAAAAUUUCCUUCUGACUACUGUGCACAGCAUUAUCUUUUUUUUUGCUAUUUACACAAAGAAGUUUAUGUAGCAUUUAAAUUCCAUUAUUAAAGCGCUUGCAAAUAAAA